GCUGACGGUUGUUUCUCCUCAGUUCCCAUCCUGCUACCUUAGGAGCCUACUGAGCUGUCAAUCGUAAACCCGGAAGUCUCUUUCUCCUGCAUGUAGAUAGGCAUAUGAAAGGAAAUUAUGACUUUACUUUCGCGUCAUAAAUAAGACAGUAAGUCAUUUAGCAGUGUAGAGCAGUUUGUCCCAUCUCUCUUUGUUGGCGCCAUUAAACAUAACGUCACCAAGUGAAAGUGAACGUCUUUGGGUUCAAUGUCGACCGAACUCGGGAAAGCAGUCCGCACAGACCAGCCUGAGGCUUCAGAAGACAGCUGGAGACUGCACUAUGUGACGGGGGACCUGUUUUCGUGCCCUGAGGACGACGCUCUGGCUCACUGCAUCAGUGAGGACUGCCGCAUGGGGGCAGGCAUAGCAGUGCUUUUCAAGAAGAAGUUCAAAGGGGUAAACGAGUUAAAGGAGCAGAAAAAGUCUGUGGGACAGUGUGCUGUACUGAAACGAGACAGGCGUUUUGUCUACUACCUGAUCACAAAGAUAAAGGCGACCCAAAAACCGACCAAUAACAGCCUGAGACAGAGCCUGGAGGACAUGAAGUCACACUGUUUACUGAGCGGAGUAACAAGGAUUUCGAUCCCUCGUAUCGGCUGUGGCCUGGAUCAGCUGGUGUGGAAAGAGGUGGCAGAGAUGCUGGAACAGGUCUUCAGACACACAGACAUCACCAUCACAGUCUACAGCCUCCCUGAGAAAGCAGAGACCACAGUGAUGAAGGAACACAUGCGCAAAUGACUGAUACAAACGUUUGUUUAUUGUCAUCCUACUCUUUUUUUUUUUACCCCCAAAACUUUUUCAAUGAUAAAAGAUUUGUUACAAAAUACACUAAAAUAAAUGUUCUGUUUUUGCACAAUAAAGACAACCAAGCUCU